CCGCCGCGCUCUCGCGAGAGCGGCGCGCGCCGGGCCGUGAGGCAGCUGCGGGCCGGGGCCGCUCCCGGGGCCGCCAUGGCGGCGGCGGACGUGGAGUCCUCGCUGGAGCUGAGCCUGACGGGCUCCGGCGCGCUGCCCGGCGCGCUGCCCCCCGCCCGCUCCCGCAUCUUCAAGAUCAUCGUCAUCGGCGACUCCAACGUGGGCAAGACGUGCCUCACCUACCGCUUCUGCGCCGGCCGCUUCCCGCAGCGCACCGAGGCCACCAUCGGCGUGGAUUUCCGCGAGCGGGCCGUCACCAUCGACGGCGAGCGCAUCAAGAUCCAGCUAUGGGAUACUGCAGGCCAGGAGCGCUUCAGGAAGAGCAUGGUGCAGCACUACUACAGGAACGUGCACGCCGUGGUGUUUGUGUACGACAUGACAAACAUUGCCAGUUUCCACAGCCUGCCCUCCUGGAUAGAGGAGUGCAAGCAGCACCUCCUGGCCAGUGACAUACCUCGGAUUCUGGUUGGGAACAAAUGUGACCUGAGAAGCGCCAUUCAGGUGCCCACGGACCUGGCCCAGAAGUUUGCUGACACUCACAGCAUGCCACUGUUUGAAACCUCUGCCAAGAACCCCAACGACAAUGACCAUGUGGAGGCCAUUUUCAUGACACUGGCUCACAAGCUUAAAAGUCACAAGCCAUUAAUGCUUAGUCAACCCCCAGAUCAUGAUGAAAUACAUAUAAAGCCUGAACCAAAACCUAUCACACCCUGCUGGUGUUAGGUCACAGUGUCGCUGGCUGUCACCUUGUCUUGUUUGCAAGUGCUUCAAAAUUAUGAUCUUGGCAAAGUUCCAGGUUUUGAUAGCAGUUAUAGCAAAUCUCUUUGGCACUUUAAUGUGGUUUUUUUUUUUUUUAUUUUUCCUAGUGUAGAUGUGCCCAUCUUAUGCUCUUGCACUUUGUAAUUGUACUUUCUGAAUUGCUAAAGUUUCACUAUAAAUAUAUGGGAACAUAGUCAAUUUGUCAAGUUUUGACAGAGCAAUUCUAGUUGAGCUCUUGCUGCCUGAGGUUGUUCUCAUUACUUGUGGUAAGAUUAUAAAUAGUAGGCCAGUUUACUAAUACUUUUGGUUGCUACUUGCAUUGGAAUAAUGUAGGAGAAAGAGCCUUUUGUGUCAACCAGGGAACUUUGGGUUUGGAUCAGCAAGUGGGGAGUUUUUUGGCAUAUGAAGGAAUAUUAGGUGACUACUAGCAAAUUAGAAAGCAGGUACCUUUUUAUUAUAAAAGUAAAAAAAACAGGUCUGUCAAAGUUUGGGCUGCCAGUGUCAGUGCAAAUUUUGGCCUGUCAUUCCACUAUGAACUUGGUCUGUUUCUUCAUGGCAGUGGUAAUGGAACUGACUAACUUCUCCCUACCUCUAGACAGUUAUUAGAUACUUAAAACUUCAUUAAUUUUUCAUAAUUAGCAUGUGAUACCAAAUUAUGUUAUGUUUAACUCAUGUUGUGGAAAGUACUGUAGCACAGGAUUUAGGGUAAAAUUGGUACUCUAUCUGUCCAUAAGUUCUCUGAUCUUACUAAAAUUAAAUUAUAUAUUUCUGAAGGUGCUUUAUUUGAGUUGAGUGUCUCAGGGCAAGUAACAACAGCUGAGUAAGUAAAAGAUGGGGUGAAUUUGACAAAACAUACUGGUUUUCAAAGAUUAGGGUUUGUGGGGUUUCUCAAAUAUCUGGAAAAGCCAACUUGAUAGCAUUUCAGGAAUGGGAAUGCUUAGGAAUACGGUACAUUCUUAAAAUAUUUCCAAACACUAACUGAAUUGGGUCUUGAAAUAUGGAAUAAAUCUACCAAGUAGAUAAUCUGCUACAGAUUUUUGAGAGAAAACCUGCAUGUAUGAUGUUGUGACUGUAUCUAGGGCAUCCUUGGCAUUACUAAUGUGAGCUAGUAGGGGUUAGAUGAGAGAGAUUCUUCCUCUUGAACCACCUUUUUCUGUGUUCUCAUAGUUGCAACUGCUUUUUUCAGUUCUAUCUGAAGAUCAAAUUUCAUAAUAAGGUCAAGUUCCAUAAUAAAAAUGGUGCUAAGUUGCACAUAGUUGCAUAAAGUGAAAUGUAAGCCAUAGAAUGUAAUCUAUGGCUUCAUUCAUGUGACUUAGUUUUGAAGUAUAAAUGAAGGGUUUUUUAUUGGCAAUGUGUAGCAUGUGUUGCUUACCAGAAAUUAAAUGGAAGGGCUAGUUCAGAAGCUGCCACCCUCAUGAUCACAUUAGAAACAAAUUACUGAAACAAGAUAACUGUUAUUAUGUACACAGUUACAGUUCUUAAGAUGUAAUUUUAUUGCAACUUAUACGGAAAAAAAUGCAUUGACAUUUUUCUGGAUUUUUAAAGAGCAUUUAAUUUGGUCUAAUAUGAUUAAGAUGUUUAAAUAGAAUCUCAACAAAAGGUAAUACUUUUUCCUGUACAAAGCUGCUUCAAUUGUGACAGUAUUUUUGCUUAGGAAACAUUUGUAAAAGGGAGCUUUUGUAUUCACUCUGAACCUUACAUGACUAGAACUUACAGUUGUUUCAGAAACAAUCAUCUUUUUAACACUAGUGUCCUUAAUGAUUUCUUUAAGAAAAGGAUUGAUCUUAAAUUGAUAUAUAUACUAUGGUAAGUAAAAAUGGUUUACAGUCCUGUUGGACAGAUUAUUUUUCACUCAUGUCCUUAAUCCUUUUUCUCAGAAGGAUCCUUCUUAAUUAUUUGUGUACUAAAUAUGUCGGUUUUGGUGGUGGGUUUUUUUUUUGUUUGUUUGGUUUUUUGUUUGUUUGUGUUUUUUAAAUAAAAAAAUAUCCCAGAAUUAAGAAUUUUAAAGCCAGUCAGUCAGGUUAGGGGUUGGGGUAAGAAAAUACUGCAGUGUUACUGUUAAAUUUGAUCUGAAACACCUGCACAUCUGUUAAGUUUUAUUUGAGUUCUCACAACUUGUAAAUAAGGGCCCUCAUGUCAUGAAGAUUGUGUGGAAAUGGUGUUCAAGUGUGUAAUUCCAUGUUCAGCACAAAGCAUGUUUUAGUGGUUCUGCCACGAAGGCAGUGUGGUUGGUAAUGCAGGAUUCAGUGUUGCUCCCUGGCUUUCAGUGGUGGUGUUCUGCCCACAGAAUGGAUCUCAGAGUACUGAAUACUUUGUGUGUGUAUUUUCACUUUACCAGACUGUAAAGUUUUGUAUGUGUUGGGGGCAGGCAAGGCACAAUCCCAGAAACCUAAUAAACUGGCUUUGCCACAAACUGUUA